GGAGAAGUAGGCGGGGACAACGGAAGGCGCAUUGCGAAGCGGAUGAGGAAGCCGGCUGAAGGCGGAAGCCCGCUGGCCCCGGCGGCCCAGGGAUUGGGGAGCGGAAAAGGAGCGGCGGUUGGUCACGUGGUCUGGAGGUCACGUGGACGGGGCGGCUCGAGCGCCGCCGGGGCCGGAGUCCUGUGCGCCUGCGCAGUAGGGCGCAGGGCGGAACACCUUUCCCGGAGUGGGGUUGGCUGAGGGAAGGGAGAGCUCGCUGCUGUGAUUCUGUCUUCAUCUGUAGUCUGGCUGCGGAAUCUUGCGCCCUUGGCGCGUCCCUCUUUUCGGCCGGCGGAGAGCUUGUGAUGUGGUGAUGCCAGCCAGACUUCUGAGAGCCCUGGCCAGAUCUCACUGUAUUUUGUCAAAAGCAUGUCAGUACCGAAGACUUGUUUAUCUAACAUUAAAACCACUGAAGAAAUUUGAAAACAGAGCAUGCAGCACUCUGGCCAUCACUCAGAACCUGGAUUUGGCCUUUCCUGAUACAGCAGCGCUUGGUUUGAAUAAGCCUCAGAUCUUGGAAAUGAACCAGAAAGUGUCAGAUACAAGUAUCUUUUCUCCAAAAACUGCUGUGCGUUGCCAAGAUGAGAAAGCACACUUUCCCACCACGGAGUCCUUUGGUCUUCACAGGAAAGCGACUCACAAACCAAACCUAUUGGGUUCUAAGUGGUUUAUAAAAAUAUUAAAGAAGCAUUACUCAUCUACAUCAGCUGAAACACUUGUUCCAAAGCAAGACUUUCCGCAAGUCAAGAGACCACUGAAGGCAUCCAGGACCAAGCAACCAUCGAGGACCAACGUUCCGGUGCUGUCUGUGAAUGAGGACCUGAUGCAGUGCACAGCAUUCGCAACAGCAGACGAAUACCAUCUUGGAAACCUCUCCCAAGAUUUGACUGCCUGUGGAUAUGUCGAAGUGACAAGUUUGCCUAGAGAUGCAGCAAAUAUUUUGGUGAUGGGCGUAGAAAAUUCUGCAAAAGAAGGUGAUCCUGGAAUAAUAUUCUUCUUCAGGGAAGGAGCUGCUGUGUUUUGGAAUGUGAAGGACAAAACUAUGAAGCAUGUGAUGCAAGUCCUAGAAAAACACGAAGUUCAGCCCUACGAAAUUACGUUGGUACACUGGGAAAACGAAGAGCUUAACUACGUAAAAGCAGAGGGGCAGUCAAAACUCUACAGAGGGGAAAUCCAGUUAAAUUCAGAGCUAGAUUUAGAUGAUAGCAUACUGGAGAAAUUUGCCUUCUCAAAUGCUCUGUGCCUUUCUGUGAAACUGGCUAUUUGGGAAGCAUCACUGGAUAAAUUUAUUGAGUCCAUUCAGUUAAUUCCAGAGGCUUUAAAAGCUGGGAAGAAGGUGAAACUAUCUCAUGAAGAAGUUAUGCAGAAAAUGGGUGAACUCUUUGCCCUAAGACAUCGUAUAAACUUGAGUUCAGACUUCUUGAUCACUCCUGAUUUCUAUUGGGACAGAGAAAACCUGGAAGGACUUUAUGAUAAAACCUGUCAGUUCCUCAGCAUUAGUCGUAGAGUUAAGAUACGUGGUGGAGCACACCAGAGAGACAAAAGGGAUGAUGGGCCUCAUGGGCCUGGAGGGUCAGGUCAUGAACGAAAAGCUCCAACACUGCACGGAACUAACAGAUCUAAUGCGGAACCACCUACACGAGAAGCGGGCCCUCCGCCUGGAGUGGAUGAUCGUCAUCCUCAUCACCAUCGAGGUAAGAGGAACACUCUGCCCUCGCCCGCCUUUUCCUCCACACAUAGAUGCCGCGGUAAUGACAGAUGAGGUGGAGAACUGGAGCACCGGGGACACAGGGUGACUUUGUUCUAGUUACUAAAUAGGCUGUUUGCAGGUGAGGUGAAGUUUCAGAUGACUCCGGUAUUCUCUCACAAACGAACUAAAUGUAAUUUUUGAAGAAGUUCCCAAAUUUUCCCGAAGAUAGCACUGGCAAAGAGCUCUAGCUGUAAAUUUAUUACAGAUAGCCCAGGAUCAAGUACCUGUGCCUCAGACCUGCAGCUGCCCUCUGGGAAGGGCAAGUACUUCCUCUUACUUCAGGGGCAUUUUUCAUCAAUUACCAUCUUGGAAAAGUCAUUUUCAUUUGUACCAGUAAUUUGUUUGCCAUGACGUUGAUCCUUUUCACUUUUUCUUACCUGAAGGUAAUGUUUGAACUGGGACGAGUACUUUUUCUGAUCAAGUGACACACGAAGGUGUCACUGCAAGGUGUAUUCAGGUUCUGCAAUCAAAACUGAAUGUCCACUGUUGGAUGAUCUCUUAUUUAAUAGGUAUUAAAAAAUUUUUUUAAUGCCAUCAUCAUCAGAUAUAUUGUUGUUUGAAUAAAAAUUAUGAACAAUCUGGUAUUUGGGUCUGUAAUACUGACAGUUCAAUCAGAAAACGUUUACUUCAGGUUAAAGAACUUUGGAUAACCUUAGCAUCUAGAAAAUCCAGGCAAACAUACUUCUUACAGCCAAAAAAGGCUUAGAUUUUAGGCGCUACUUCUUAAUCCCCAGGGACUCCAGUCAUGGCCCUGGCUAAGAAAGAACCAACCGUACAGAACUCAGUAGUGUUGACACAAAUAUAUUAAAGAAGAAGACAGGUUCUGAUGGCAGAAAUGGGUUUUAUAGACCAUUUUUGGAAGGCAGGAUUUAAGUAUGGCUGCUCACUGCACUUUGCUUUUUGUUAAUACUUUCCUUCCUUUCACCACUAAUCAAAAUAUUUUCCCAAACACAAAUUUUUUGUUUGCAUAUGUUUUGGAGAGAUUAAGAAAAAAAAAUUAACACGUCUUAUAAUUACCAUCUUGAAUUGACAAUUAACGUUUGGGGGGAAAAAAAAAAGGUCUUGUUUAUUCUCAUUGGCCUUCUUUCUACAUACAACCCCUCUUACCCCACACCUCUCCCCACCAGGAUAUAUUUAAGGGUAUGUUAUCUUUUUUCUUUCAUACAUAUAUGCAUAUUCAUGAAUGAAAUAUAUGGUUCUAAAAUGCAAGUUGUUUUGUGACUUUUUUAACUGCUACAUAGUAUUCCACCAUAAGAAUUUUCAUCCUGUUUACCCUAUAUUCUUUCACAGAUGGACAUUUAUGUAUUUGUUUGCUAUAAUAAUGCUGUGA